GACUCGAUGAGAAAUUUCGCGCGCACAUAUGACGUAAGCGCUGCUUGAUCUGCUGACAACAGUGAAGCCUUUACUUCCAUCGAAAACAGGUAGAUACACACGAGUGAUAACUGGAAACAUUUUUUUCGAUUAACUCAGUCAUUUAAGAAUGUUAACGCGCAGUACAAGAGAUUGCAAAGUGCAGUCUAAUUAAUCUGAAAGGUAAAGUAUCGGCUUUCUAUUACACACCCCCUGCUCGGCCUCAUUUUGCGGCCUUGUGCUAAAGCUAACAGUGUAUUUAAACAAAUCGACAAAUUAAAGUAAAACCACGCAUUUCGAGUUUCUUAUAUCAAAUAUAACUAUCCGGUGUGUAAGCUUAUAACAAACUGUGUAUUGCUCCAUACGCCUGACCGUUAUCUAUCAUGUAAUUGUCAUGAUUACACGGCUGUGUUUAGUUAUCGGUAUAUUAGCGUUUAUAACGACAGGUAGUGAUACUGUCGCCGUCCUAAAGGAGGAGAAUUAAAAUAAUGAAAGAAAAAUGUGAUGUUAUCUUUGAUAGGCAUAGUUACCAUCACGGACAAAUAAAUAAAUGUCUUUUUUAAAUGUAGUGGCGUAACGGUCGUCUUUCGUAAAAAUCACACAGCUAUUUUGUAUUUUAUACUUGCAUUAUUUAGCUAUAGCACUAUGAUUUCCAGGCCAAUCUGAUGCAGUCUAACCCAGACAGUUUGCUGCAUUUUACCCCCAGAAAGCUUGUUUGGUUUUUGGUGACAUGAGCUGACAGACGAGCAGUGUUCUAAUAUCUAUUCAAGAUGCAUGAUAUUAGAUUUCUGCUGACAUCAAACGUGGUGAUAUUUUCAAAUGCACUUCAAAAAUGUAAUUUAAAGCCAUUUUCACACCAUUGGAAAGAGUGAUUUUAUUUUUCCUUACUGCUGAAUUCAACAUGACAACAAACAGUUUUGCCUUGAAUGAAUGCUUUUGAGCAUAAGAAUAAGAAGAACUUUAUUGAUCCCUGAAGGGAAAUUCAAUUGUCUGUUGUCUCACAUAAUAUGUCUCCAGAAAAUCUACAAUUUACUCAAGAGUUUUAAAGUCUGAUGGCUGUUGGUACAAAAGAUAUUCUGAAUCUUUCUGUCCUGCAGCGAAGAGAGAGGAGCCGUCCACCACCAUUGGCCCUUUGGUCGAUCAAGGUGUUGUGAAAUGGGUGAUCCAUGUUCUUUAGAAUAGUCUCCACCUUCCUCAGUGUAGAUCUCUCCACCACACCUCCACUGAGUCCAGCUUGAGUCCUACCACAGAGCCAGCCUUUUUUAUCAGUUUGUUCAGAUGUUUUGCAUCUUUGUGUUUGAUGCUUCCUCCCCAGCAGACUGCAGCGUAGAACAGAACACUUGCCUCCACAGACUGAUUAAACAUCUGCAGCAUCUUACUAAAGAUGUCUAUUUAUCGGAGUAUCCAUAAUACAAAUGUGAAAUGAGUGGGUAUGCUUUAUCUACUCAAAUCACCAGUCCUUCAUGCCACUACUUAACUGUUAUGGCCCCUUGAACAGCCGUUGGUUUCUUAUUGUCAUUCUUAACCACAACUCGCUCCCAGAAAGAAGGGCAAGUGGAAUGAAUGGCUAACUGAAGGGUCUUUUCUUUGUGUUUAUUACUGUUGAGGCUCAUUAAGGUUCCUCUCCAAUUUUUUAGAGCACAGCAAUGAACUGGAACAAAGGCGGUCCGGGUGUGAAGCGAGGUUUUGGAUUUGGAGGAUUUUCCCUAGCAGGGAAAAAAGAAGAGCCUCAACUUCCUCAGAAAUCUCACACUUCAUUUGGAGCAACAGGAUCAGGUGGAGCCUAUGGAAAGAACCAGCAACUUCCUUCAUUCUACAAAAUAGGAACCAAAAGAGCUAAUUUUGAUGAGGAGAAUGCGUGAGUACAGCAUCUCUUCUGGACACAUACACCAUCUAAAAAAUAUUAUUGAAUUCCCUGAUUAUCACAUAAGGUGACUGAAAUUGGUUUCUUUGUUUUUUUUUCAACCAGUUACUUUGAAGAUGAUGAAGAGGAGUCCAGCAAUGUGGACCUGCCGUACAUCCCUGCUGAGAACUCACCCACACGGAAGCAGAUGCAGUCUGGUGGGGGCUCAGAUAGUGAAGAUGAUCCACUUGAUGCCUUCAUGGCAGAGGUUGAGGUAGGGAGUGCAUCAAAAGAGACUGAUAUGUGCGCCUUUAAGAGUUUUAUCCAAUUUGUUUUUUUAACAAGCAUUAACAUGUGUUUUUCUGCUUGCAGAACCAGGCAGCUAAAGACAUGAGGAAGCUUGAGGAAAAGGAGAAAAAUUCAGCCAAGUAAGACUUAAAUGUUGAUUAUACAUUUUUACAUAGAUCUGACUUUGAGUCAUUUCUUAGUAUUUAUGGAGGUAUCCAAGUCAGUACAUGAUCAUUUACCAACAAGUGAGUGAAAGUAUAGGCCCACUGACGUGGGACAGUCAUGCUGUCAGUUUGUGUCCCAUCCGUGUAAAAUUAUCUUCUUUUAAAAAACUUAGUUAGGUUUUAGCAAAGGUUAUUUGUCAGAUUUUUUCCAAUUAAUAAUCAGAAACAUUGCACAUAAAGCAAUGUCUUUGUUAGCUUGAUAGAUGUCAUCAGGUAAGCAAGGUGACAUUAGUCAAAAUGGGAUGUGGGCUGCCUUGGGUGUAUGAACGAGCCGCAGGGAAGUUUUUUUUUUCUCCGCUUGUCAUUUCAGGGGUAUUCGUGAUGACAUUGAAGAGGAAGAUGAACAAGUGAGUGAGCCCUUCAGAAAUCUUCAUUCACUACAUGGCUGAUCAGAGAGUUCUUCAGAGCAUUGAAUAAAUUUCUCUCUCUACCCUCAUUAAGCCUCUUCCCUCUGCUCUAUGUGACAAUGCAGGUUGAAUUAGCAUCACAUUGAAUGCAUUGUUUUUCUUGUGCAGAUUACAUUGUGCAUGUUUUUUUAUGUCCGAUUUAUGUCAGCCAGGGAUGGAAUAAUUGAUGCAAGUUUGUAAAAAGUAAUUAUCUUUUGGUUUCUUUGGAUAUCCUGCAGGAUAUAUUUGAAUUUGUGAUGCUGGUGUAAGCAGCAAACUGUCUCAGUUUUUCACAUGUAAGGCUGUGCUCUCUGCAGGAAGCCUAUUUCCGCUACAUGGCAGAGAAUCCCACUGCUGGGCUGACCCAAGAGGAAGAGGAGGAAAACAUUGACUAUGACAGUGACGGUAACCCAAUUGUGUCUGCCACUAAGAAAAUCAUCUUGCCGCUUCCUCCCAUUGACCACUCUGAGGUACAGUUGACAUUGCUUUAAAGACAGUGUUGGGGUGCCAUCUGAACUGUGGGUCAGCUAUUGAUUGUGUCCCUUUUUUUCUCAAGAUUGAUUACUCACCAUUUGAGAAAAACUUCUACAAUGAACACGAGGAGCUCAGCAACCUGACAGGGACACAAGUGAUAGAGUUGAGGCAGAAACUGAACUUGAGGGUAAGUUUGGAUUCUUAAACACAGAUAGAUUCAUGUUUUUAUUAUUUAGUAGUAAGUGUGAAAGUUCUUGUUAUUUAAAAAAAUGUUGUUGCCUCAAUUUUUAGUAGUUGCUCUGAAUAUCAAAUCCUCUUUUCUCAGGUAUCUGGUGCUGCCCCUCCAAAACCUUGCACGAGUUUUGCUCACUUUAGCUUUGAUGAGCAGCUGAUGCACCAAAUCCGCAAGUCUGAGUACACUCAGCCCACACCGAUUCAGUGCCAGGUAAAGUGUGAUUUUAUCUCGACUGAAAGGUUGCAACACAGUAGUUUUUUUAUUUUUAUAAUGAAUCAAAAAAGCGUCUGAUAUAUUCGUGCCCUACCUGGAUUUUAGGGUGUGCCCAUAGCCCUGUCUGGACGGGACAUGAUUGGCAUUGCAAAAACUGGCAGUGGCAAAACAGCGGCUUUUAUCUGGCCCAUGCUGGUUCACAUCAUGGACCAAAAGGAACUUGAGGCAGGAGAGGGGCCUAUUGCAGUCAUUGUAUGUCCAACAAGGGAGCUUUGUCAGCAGGUAAGCAUUAAGAAAAAGACUGAGUCAGACUUGGCCAAUGUUCAGAGAAGAUUUGAUCCAAUAUUGAUUAAAAAAGUUAUUGCUUUUUUAUUGUGUAUCACUUUAAAAUAUUUGCCAGAUCCAUGCGGAAUGUAAGCGCUUCGGUAAAGCCUACUCACUGCGUUCUGUGGCUGUGUAUGGAGGAGGCAGCAUGUGGGAGCAGGCCAAAGCUCUUCAGGAGGGAGCAGAGAUUGUUGUGUGCACUCCAGUAAGAGAAGAGACAGCUAACUUUACUUUUAUUCAGGCAAUUGCAUGCACUCCUUUGCUAACUGUUUUGUUGCGUGUAACUGUUUAUGUGUUUUUGAACAGGGUCGUCUAAUUGACCAUGUUAAAAAGAAGGCCACGUCCCUACAGAGAGUGACAUACCUGGUGUUUGAUGAGGCUGAUCGUAUGUUUGAUAUGGGCUUCGGUAUGUUAACAUUUCCCACAUUAUACAAUUUUUGAAACCCAUUAUUUGCACUGCAGCUUAUUUUUCUAUUCCUUUCAGAAUACCAGGUGAGGUCGAUUGCCAGUCAUGUCCGCCCAGACCGACAGAGUAAGUGGAUUCCUUUUAGCAUAAAGACAAAUAAGAAGUGAUAAAAGCAGCAACACUUCACAUGGUUUCUUUCACAGCUCUUCUGUUCAGCGCUACUUUCCGAAAGAAGAUAGAGAGGCUGGCCAGGGACAUCCUGGUAGAUCCGAUACGUGUGGUGCAGGGUGACAUUGGAGAGGUAUGCAGCAUCUCAUAAUCUGUCUAAACACAUCAAUCUUCUUAGAGCUUUAACCACAAUAAAAAUUAACCCUGUGUUUUAAUCCUUUUCUCUUUCACCAGGCAAACGAGGAUGUAACCCAGGUAGUAGAGCUGCUCCCCCUGGGAGCAGACAAAUGGGGCUGGCUGACAAAGCGGCUGGUUGAGUUCACCUCUGCGGGAUCAGUCCUCAUCUUUGUCACCAAAAAGGCAAACAGCGAGGAACUGGCUACCAACCUCACCCAGGAAGGAUACAGUCUGGGCCUCCUGCAUGGAGACAUGGACCAGAGUGAGAGGAACAAGGUUAUCAGUGACUUCAAGAAAAAGAAUUUGCCCAUCCUGGUGGCCACAGACGUAGCUGGUGAGUGCAAGAGCAGGUUUUCUACAUCCUUUUUGGUAAAAUCUUGGUGUUUUCGCAGCAGAGUAAGAAAUGAUGAUGCCUUGGCUGUAAUGUCCUUUAAUAUUCCUGUUUUUUAAGCACGUGGUCUGGACAUCCCAUCCAUCCGCACAGUAGUGAACUACGAUGUGGCACGAGACAUUGACACACACACACACAGGAUUGGCCGAACUGGUCGUGCUGGAGAGAAGGGUGUUGCUUACACUCUCCUCACCUCCAAAGACACAUCAUUUGCUGGUGACCUGGUUAGAAACCUGGAAGGAGCUAAUCAAGGUGUUUCAAAAGAGCUGAUGGAUUUGGCUAUGCAGGUAGGAUGGAUGAGUUCAAGAGUUUGAAAAUCAACUUUGGAACUAAUGUGUUGAUUCAGAUUUGAGGGAAUGGUUUUAACUCUGUUGUCCUUUCAUUAUUCCCAGAACCCCUGGUUCAGGAAGUCCCGGUUUAAGGGUGGUAAAGGAAAGAAGCUGAACAUUGGUGGAGGUGGUCUUGGUUACAAAGAGAGACCAGGCCUGGGGGCUGAAAGUUCUGUGAGUUACUAGUUAUAGUUAGCACAUAAUUAUCAACUAUGUGCUAAAAAUUAAAAAAUAUCCACAGAAGUUUUCACCCUUGUUAAUAAUGGGUGAUAAUCUGAGAUUAUUCUGAAAGGUCUAAGUGAUUGUUGUGUUUGCAGGACCGUGGCAGCAGUGUGUUAUCUUCCUCCAGCAGCUACGAAGGCUUCACUAAAACAACUACAGGGGCUAUGGGGGAUCGCAUGUCUGCCAUGAAACAAGCCUUUCAGGUGCCUAACAUCUUAUCUGAUAAAUCUUCAUCUAGUGCUAAAUCUGAUUUUAUAUCUUUGAUAUCAUUUCUUUUUCUUUCAUCCAACCCACGAGAGUGUUGUUACUACACUCCUGUUGCUGUUUCUUCGAAUUUGUGUCAUUCUUAUUUAGAUAGCCUGCCUCAAAUUCAAACACAGACUUGAUGUGAAUUAUAUUAGUACAGUCUGGUUUGAAAAUGACAGAUUCUGUCUUCUUUAACCAUUUGUCAAUGCUGCAGUUUUCUUAGAGUGGGAAGUCUUAAAAUGUUGUGUUGCCACUCACCACAGCAUAAAAGUUUUCAAUAUUGGUGGUAGUGCGUUAAAAUAUAAGCACCUUGCAAGGAGCAAAUUGAAGGGAUAUUCCAGCGUAAAAUCAAGUUAGGGUCAAACGCACCAUAACACCGAGUUAAAGACCCCGUCAAGAGAUAAAUGUUGCCGACCACUUGCUUCUCUGGUUAUACCAACUUUAGUAAUGACCGCAUAUAGCAAAACAGAGAGCUGUUUGUACGGAGACCUUCGGGCAAGUCCAUCGACUGCAGCAGGGGUGACGCAGCUCAAGGAAAAACAUUUAUGAUCAUUUCUUUAUCAUUUCCUUGAAGUAAUAAUCACCAUAUUAAUAAUUAAAAAAAAUAUAAAAAACAAGCGGCUGCUGGAAGAGAGAGGGUGAGUUGUGUUUAGUCUCUUUGCUAAAGAAAUCAGGCAAAGUUAUAAAGAUGUUUGGUGGCUAGGACUCUAUAUGUACUGUUGAUGAAGUUAGGUGCUGUUCUGAGCAUUAUUUGUGGCUAUAGAAUGGCUUUUUGGUUGAGCACUUGGCUCUCUGUAUUGCUAUUUGCGGUCGUUACUAAAUUUGUUAUAACUAGAGAAGCAAGCGGUCAGCAACAUUAAGCUCUCAACGGGUUGUCUAACUCUGUAUGACGGUGUGUUUGACCCUUACUUAAUUUUACGCCGGAAUAUCCCUUUGAGUAAACGGCAGUUAGCUGAAUCCUUAACCACAAAGACAACAAAGCUAAGAUACCAGCGACGUAAUUUUUGUUCAUUUUGUGCUGUUAGAUUGUAAUCUCUUUCUCAAUGCCUCCUUGUCCUUCAGGCCCAGUAUAAGAGCCACUUUGUGGCUGCAUCCAGCGGCCCCCCAAAACUCAGCACCAAGUCCAGCAGCUCCUCUGGCUGGACCAGUGCUGGCAGCCUGAGUUCUGUGCCCACAGAGUCCCCCAAUGGUUCAGAUCGGACCCAGGGCUUCUCCAUGUCUAUGGCUGGCUUCACCAGCGCCGGCUCCCUGAGCUCAGUGCCGCCCAAUCAGACCAGUUCACAGCAGAGCUACCCUCCAUCAGCCCCCCCCUCACAGAGAGACAGCUCACGAGACAGACACAGUGAGGACAGAGGGCGUGACAGUUACCAUCGCCACAGCGACAGGAGUGAUAGACAUAGUGACGAUCGCUACGGGGACCGUGAUCGCCACAGUGACAGAGAUCGGGACCGCCAUGGUGACCGCGACCGCUACAGCAGCAGCCGCCACAGUGAUAGUCGCAAUGGAGAUGGAAGCAGGAGGGACAGAGAAGAUCGGAGGAGUGAGAGGGAUGGGGGAGACAGGGGUAGUGGGGAUGGGAGGGACAGAGGCGGAGAUGAUAGUUUUGCUGUCCCUGACCCACCAAAACGUAGGAAGAGCAGGUGGGACAACUAAGAAAUAAAACCAUCAGUUAAAUUAAAUGUUCAACCAACUGCUCCAUGAUGAGCUUGUCUCUUGUUAGGCAGACAACGAAGCAUAUCAAGGGCUGACAGAAGCACAGGACUGUGAGUAGAUGUGAACUGACACUCCUGUCAGAUCGGUUAGGUCUUCAUUAUUUGUUCAAAGCUAAACAGUGUAUAAGGCAUAUAAACACAAGCAGCGAGGAGACAGCCACUGUACAUAUACCAUUGGGACUGUUGUUACUGUUGGUCAAGCAAUAGAAGGGUAAGGAAUCCUGCUGUUGGUUUGUGUAGGUUGUCGUCUUUUUUCCUCUCACUGAGCGUCAGACAUGCCUCUGUGCUUGCAAACCAUUUGCUUUAUUUUGGAAUAUUGCCAACAGUGUUUGUGUGAUUGCAUUUUGUUAAUGAAGUAGGCUAACUCGUCCUUUUUGAAGGCGCCGUAAACCAUGUCAGAAACUGUACAUCUUUUUUCGUGUCUUGUAUUCAAGUUAUAGUGAAGUGCCUUUCCUUGGCAUUUAGUCUAUGCUUUUGAAAUGUUUUUCAAAAAGAUGCAUUUGUUUGUAUGAGAUGAAUUUCAGGUGUUCAUUCACACAUGGAAAAUGUGAAGUUUUGAUUAAAAAGACUCAUGGCAUCUACCUUUUAGCUCUGUCCUCUGACAUCUGCACAGCUUUUGUCCUCUGUUUAUUUCUGUAAUAACCAAGUUCAUCUUUUUAUGCCCUUUCUUAAAAGGGUUGUUUUUCUGUCAGAGCAUUCCUUUCUUAUUGUCAAGCCUGUAGCCUUUAUGAAAAAUCCCCAACCUUUGACAUACAAAGUAGGCAAAAUACAAAUUUAAGCAGGCAUAAGAUUUAUGACCACCUGCCAAAUAUUGUGUUGGUCUCCCUUUUGCUCCCAAAACAGCCCUGACCUGUUAGCUUGGACUCCACUAGACCCCUGAAGGUGUGCUGUGGUAUCUGGCACCAAGAUGUUAGAAGCUGAUCCUGUGAGUCCUGGAAGUUGUGAAGUGGGGCCUCCAAGGAUUGGACUUGUUUGUCCAGCACAUCCCACAGAUGCUUGAUUGGAAGGGGAGAUCUGGGGAAUUUGGAGGCCAAGUCAACACCUCAAACUAAUCACUGUGCACCUCAAACGAUUCCUGAACCUUUUUUUUUUUAUUGAGGCAGGGUGCACUGCCUGCUGAAACCAUUGCCAUCAGGGAUUAUCGUUUUAAUGAAAAGGUGUACAUGGUCUGCAACAAUGCUUAGGUAGGUGGCAAGUGUCAAAGCAUCAUCUACAUGGAUGAUCGGGCCAAGGUUUCCUAGAAAAAUAGUGCCCCUAGGAUCAUUCUGCCUCUGCUGGCAGGGUUUUUCAUAGAUACUAACCACUUCAGACCAGAAACACCCCUCAAGAGCUGUGGUUUUGGAGGGACUCUGACCUAAUGUCUAGCCAUCAAAAUGUGGCCCUUUUUAAACUCAUUCAAAUUCUUAGGCUUGCCCAUUUUCCCUGCUUCUCUAACACAUCACCUUUGAGAAAGAAAUGUUCACAGGCUGCCCAAUGUAUCCCACCUACCCACACGUGCCAAAUAAAUAUAGUAAAUAUAGAUGUUGAUCAUGGUUACGGACGAUAUGACCAUUCACCCCGAAAACCAAAACAAUCAAUCAAAUUUUAUUUAUAGCCCAAAGCGCCAAUUCACAACAGUCGUCAUCCCAAGACGCUUUCCAAAGUAAAAGAGCAGGUCUAGACCACGCUCAUUGAUGAAUUAUCAAGGCCCAACCAUAAAAUGAGAUUUGGCUCGUCUCAUCUAACGAACUUUCUUUUAACAAGCAGAAACCUUGGGUAGGACCCGACUCAUCCCAGACAGCCACCAGGCCGCUCCUGGGUUGGGGAGGAAUACAGAGAGAUAGGGGAGAGAGAGAGAGCGAUGGAACUAGCAAGGGAGAAGGGAGUAGAGAACGAGGGGGAGACAGGGGACAGCAGCAACAUUACAAAACAGUAAAAACAAAAACAACUCAUGCAAUGAUGAAACAAUAUGAAUUCAGUUUAACGGAUCAGGAUAUAAGAGAUUAUGGACUAUGUUGAAUUAAUUUAACGUGAUUACAGUCAGCAGGCCUAAUAGUAGUUAACUCUAGUUUUACGUUAUUAAUGUCAGUGAGGCUGAUGUUCAUGUCUACAGCAACAG